AUGUUUGCACGUUUGCUGAGCAGGCCCGUUUUCCAAGGAUGCAGAAAUGGGAUGCUGAAAUUAACCCCAUCCGUUAGGUCGUUUGGUGGGGUAGCUGAACAAAAGAGAAUAGUUCCAAAGGUUCCUACUUUCUACUCUGCAAAUCCAAUGCAUGAGGCCCAUAUGGAACGUUUAGAUGAGCUGCUGCGUAAAUAUGUUAAACGUUAUGAUCGUAGACUUAUGGCAAAGCCAGAUCCCGCAAAGGCUCCAAAAUGGCUGACUUUCGAAGAAUACGCACAAAUCGGUGGUGGUAGCCGUCUAGCGCCAACUCAAUAUAGGCAUUUGAUUAAUAAACUGAACCGUUUGCACUUAAUUGAUCCAGAACUAUCUACAGACGAGAUUUUUACAGUUUUGUCCCAAUAUAAUAAAAACCUUCAAAAAACGAUAAAAACCAAGGUUGUCCAAGAAUUGGACGAGGAAGGCCGUGCAGUUGCCGUCGGAAGACGUAAGACCUCUACUGCCAAAGUAUUUCUUGUACGAGGACAGGGUGAUAUUCUUGUAAACGGCCGUUCGUUGAAUAACUACUUUGUGAAGAUUAAAGAUCGUGACUCUGUGAUGUAUCCUUUGCGUGUGCUCGAGUCUGUAGGAAAAUACAAUAUCUUUGCUACUGUUGAGGGUGGAGGUAUCACCGGUCAGGCAGAUGCCAUAGCGCAUGCAGUAGCGCAGGCGCUUGUGGUGUUUAAUCCCCUUCUGAAGACUAGAUUGCAUCGGGCCGGAGCCUUAACAAGAGAUUAUCGUCACGUGGAGCGUAAGAAGCCUGGUAAAAAGAAGGCUAGAAAGAUGCCUACGUGGGUUAAGCGUUAA